AUGCAACACCUGGACGCCUCUGCCAGUUGGAAGGAUGACUCAACGCCGAGACAGGUCCUACCAUCCAUGUACCAUCCUACCACCCUGUUUGCUCAUGGCACCCAGUACCACCUCAUUCCUUGCCAACCUACAACAUCCAUAACAUCUUUCAGCAUGCCGGUAGAGCCUACAGGUUCGCCCAACAACCCACAUCUAUUUACAACAUCCCACACCAUAUUAAACGUCCAUAAAAUUCUACAUAUAACAGCCUCUCACGGUCAGUCCACAGCAUCCUACAUAUACUAUACCAUCCUCUUACAUCAUCCUACGCCACCUUACAGCAUCCUAAACCAUCCUACAAUAUCCUACAGCAUCCUACAACAUCCUACAGCAUCCUACAACAUCCUACAGCAUCCUACAACAUCCUACAGCAUCCUACAACAUCCUACAGCAUCCUACAACAUCCUACAGCAUCCUACAACAUCCUACAGCAUCCUACAACAUCCUACAGCAUCCUACAAUAUCCUACAGCAUCCUACAAUAUCCUACAGCAUCCUACAAUAUCCUACAGCAUCCUACAACAUCCUUCAGCAUCCUACAACAUCCUACAGCAUCCUACAAUAUCCUAGAGCAUCCUACAACAUCCUACAGCAUCCUACAACAUCCUACAGCAUCCUACAACAUCCUACAGCAUCCUGCAACAUCCUACAGCAUCCUACAACAUCCUACAACAUCCUACAGCAUCCUACAACAUCCUACAGAGUCCUACAACAUCCUACAGCAUCCUACAGCAUCCGACAUUCUACAUGUUAUAAUAACUCUAGACAAACUGAAGAUCCGAUUGUCAUCUGGGACAGAAAAGAAAUGUUACGAAGUCAUCCUAACACAUAA